UGUCAAAUCCGGCAUUCCCAGAAAGAAGAAGCAAACAUUGACUAUUUAUUCCGAACUUUUGGAGGAAAUUUUUCUUCAUAAUAUUAUUGUUGUUGGAGAUUCCCUCACUUGGGAAUUCAUGUCUAGCCGUAGCAAAGAUCCUUGCAAAGUCAACGCCUGUCGCAUUCAAAAGUGCCUCAACGAGAACAAUUACCAGGAAGAUAAGUGUGUCGAGGUAUUGGAGGCUAUGCGUCAGUGUUGCCUUAAGUGGCAUAAGGAAUCGCUUUGUUGCAGUGGCAUUGAUUUAAAUAAAGUGUAUUUACCGGCCAACAAAGGGGCCAACGCGAGUUCAGGAAAAUAAUGCCCAUACCGGAAUAUAAACCACCAAAGGAAAUUCAAGAUUUAUUAGACCAAAGACAAACACAACAACAAGGCAAUCAACAGAGACGCCGCACCGCUGUCUUGCCCAAACGAAGUUGGAUUCAACGUAAUCCACGUCUCUUUCAAAUUACGGCCUUGACCACAUCGCUGUUGAUAUUCUUCUCGAAACCCAUUUACGACAUUUUCAUUGCCGAUCCUUUGCCACUGCCACCGGCGGGAGAAACGCGUGUGCCACCCCACAAACGUUAGAUCAUUGAUAAGGAGGCAAGGGCAUGGAAUCGGUACGCAAGGCAAAUCAACGUUUACGCAAUUAUCCUGUGCUGCUUGCCAAGUGUUCCGACAAGGCUACAGCGUAUGCUGUCUGUGUCACACGAGAUUUAAAUGUCCAGCAUAAGAUUUGUGAGACCGAGUUUAAGGAAUUUAUGAACUGCAUACGCAAGUCGGCAAUGGAAUUAAAAACCAAAUUAUAAAUGAAAACCGAUACAAGCAAA